GUACGUUACACGUUUAAAAGGCCAUCCAUCUCUCAGAGCCGAAGCCACAACCAUUCAAUCACCACCAUCACAACCCCCCACAGCCUCUUGUUUUCACGGUGAGAGAGAAGAAUGAGGGGGAGAAGCUACAGUUACAGCCCAUCACCACCGCCGAGGGGUUACAGCAGACGACGUCGUAGCCCUAGCCCUAAAGGCCGCUACAGAGGAAGCCGCGCUAGGGAUCUUCCGACCAGUCUCUUGGUUCGCAAUCUUCGCCAUGAUUGCCGGCCGGAGGACUUACGCAGGCCGUUCGAGCAAUUUGGUCCGCUCAAGGAUAUCUACUUGCCUAGGGAUUAUUAUACUGGGGAUCCACGUGGCUUUGGGUUUGUUCAGUUUGUAGACCCUGCUGAUGCUGCAGAUGCCAAGUAUCAUAUGGAUGGGCAGAUUCUUCUUGGCCGGGAAUUGACAGUUGUAUUUGCUGAGGAGAAUAGAAAGAAACCUUCGGAGAUGAGAGCAAGAGACCGGGGUCGGUCAUAUGACAGUAGGCGGAGUGGUUAUUCUCAUUCACCACACUGUUCUCAGACUUGCUCUCGAAGUCCAGAUUAUUAUUCACCCUCCUCUAGGAGAAGGCGGUACUCAAGGUCGAUUUCACCAAGAGAUAGGAGGUACAGGGAGCCAUCAUACUCACGGUCUCCCUAUGGUUCAAGGUGCCGUAGCCGAAGUCGGAGUUAUAGCAGGAGCCGCAGUCGGAGCCUGGACUACUCUCGCUGAGUUCUUGAUAGAGUGACUGCCUGAUCAUUAGCUAGAAAAUCUUAAGUUAGAAACUGUGGUAUGAAUAAACAUUGGUACCCCUGUGAGAUGUAUGUCGAUACCAGCUGGCAGCUGCUGUCCUGGUAUUUAAGUACUGUUUGUUCAAGCUUGUUUUAUGGUGAUCAACUUGUUCUGUUUGAAUCUCCUUAUGGGUUUGAAAUGAAUAUUUAUUUUAUUUAUC